CUCGAAGUCUCAAAGGCUUUAACACCUUCGAAUCCCCAGAUUCUCCUCUCUAAGACGGAAGAGGAACCCAUCUCCGGCGACGGCGAUACGGAGGAGAACGGACUUGUCUCCGGAAACCCUUUCUCUUUCGCUUCUUCCGAAACUUCUCAAAUGGUCAUGGAUCGUAUCUUGUCUCACUCUCAAGAAGUGUCACCAAGAACAUCUGGUCGGCUUUCUCAUAGUAGUGGUCCUCUCAACGGUUCUUUAACCGACAGUCCUCCUGUGUCUCCUCCAGAAUCCGACGACAUCAAGCAAUUUUGUCGAGCAAACAACAAUUCACUGAACAGCAUUAACUCUCAGUUCCGAUCAACGGCGACUACUCCGGGACCUAUAACCGCAACGGCGACACAGUCCAAAACGGUGGGACGGUGGCUUAAGGACCGGAGGGAGAAGAAGAAAGAGGAGACUCGGGCCCACAACGCUCAGAUUCACGCUGCUGUCUCCGUCGCCGGUGUGGCUGCAGCUGUUGCUGCCAUCGCAGCAGCCACCGCCGCGUCUUCGAGCUCCGGGAAGGAUGAGCAGAUGGCUAAAACCGACAUGGCGGUUGCUUCCGCCGCUACACUUGUUGCUGCUCAGUGUGUGGAGGCUGCUGAAGUAAUGGGAGCUGAGAGAGAGCAUUUGGCCUCUGUUGUUAGCUCCGCUGUUAAUGUUCGCUCUGCCGGAGAUAUCAUGACUCUCACCGCCGGAGCAGCCACAGCGUUAAGAGGAGUGGCGACAUUGAAGGCGAGGGCGAUGAAGGAAGUGUGGAACAUUGCAUCAGUGAUUCCAAUGGACAAAGGACUCACUUCCACUGGAGGAUGCAGCAAUAAUGUUAAUGGUAGCAAUGGAAGCUCGAGCAGCAGUCACAGUGGUGAGCUUGUACAACAGGAGAAUUUCUUGGGAACUUGUAGCAGAGAAUGGCUCGCUAGAGGUUGCGAGCUUCUCAAACGCACUCGCAAAGGUGAUCUCCACUGGAAAAUAGUUUCUGUUUACAUCAACAAGACGAAUCAGGUAAAAGAUUGA